CCAUCGAGGCGCAUGCGGAGGGCGGUGUGUCGGGACAAUGGCCGGAAGCGGCGCGCCUGUCUUGCCACCUGGGUGCUAUAGCGGCGGCGCUUGCGUGACGAUCACUCUUCAUGGUUUCUCUCCUGAGGCCGCAGGAGUUCGGGAAAAACGUCCCCGCGGAAGUCCUCGCCGGGCGGGCGAACAGCCAUUAAUGGUGCAGCGCGCUGACGCCUCGCAGCGACCCAUCACUCAAGGCCGCCGCCAGUAUCGCAUCGUCGUUUGGUAGUGCAUGUCUGCUUGCGCGGGAACAAACAACAAACAAAAGUUAAAACCCAAGGGCACCCCCUUCUCGUGGCCCAUGGACACUGACGACAUGACGGCCUCGCCGCCUCGCCUACCUCCCGUCAGCGGAGUGCUGGUCACCGCGAACCCGGCGGUGGUGCGGCCGGUGGCCUUCCGGGCGGUGCGCUGGGGCCACGGGGCGGACGUCGACGACGGCUGCUCAAGCAGUGGUUCGGUGUUCAACCUGCACGACGAGCGGCUACUGCUGGCGCCUGAGCGCCGGCCCUCGGGCCAUCACUCGGCACCGCUGCUGGAGAGGCAGCCGCGGUCGGCGGCCGUGAGCACGCGCACCGCCUUCCACCCGGCCCGCUGCAAGGUGCCCUUCCACCAGUCGAUGCCGCACUUCGACUGCAAGGAGGCCCGUGUGGCGUCACGUUCCUCGAGUGGCGGCGGUUCGGCCAUGCUGGACGUGCUCGACUCGGGCCACAGCUCUGCUGCCUUGCUGGCUGAAGAGGAGGCGCCCUCGCCGAGCGAUUCGGGCGUGGCUGAGCUUGAAGCUCAGCUGCGCGAGAAGGACGCGGAAAUCGCGCACCUGCGCCAGACUCUGGAGCGCAACGAGCAGGCCAUCAUCCAGGUCUACGAGGAGAAGGAGCAGCUCUGGCACAGGCGCCUCGAUGACCUGCGUGACCACUACGAGCAGCAACUGCAGAGGCACGACGUGGCCGCCGCGCGGGACGAGAGCCCGGUGUGCAGUGGCAGUGUUGGAUUGGAGGAAGCCAGCUGCCGGCCUGGGGGUGCGCUCAAGCUGUCAUGGCUGGACACGCCGCAGUUGGACAGCGAGGUGGCCGAGCUGACCACACUCAUGGAGGAUUCGCGACUCACAGGCAAUGCCAACGACGACGUGCGCCGACUUCGGCUCGAGCUGCAUCGCUGCCGGCGCCAACUGCAGGUUGCCUUGCAGGGUUUCGAGGAGGAGCGCCAGCGCUGGCAGCACGAGCGCGCCCAGGCUGCCCAGUACCAACGCCAGCUGGAGACCAGCUACUGGCAGCUGUGCAGCCACAACCGCGAGCUGCUGCGCGCUGUGUCGCACGCCAGCCUGCCGCUUGAGCUGCUUGAUGGCUGGUACCACUCGGAGUCCAGCUGCUGAAAACCAACCACACCCAUCUGUGAUAUCUUCGGUCCGGUGCGCCUCUUCCUCCUUUCGGAGAGAGGGUGUCUCCGGGGUUGGCAUGAUUAGCUUAGCGUUCCAGAACCGGAAACUACUAUGGGCACCACUUUGCGCAGCUUUUAUUUGUUCAACCGAGGCUAGCUAGCCCUCACACUGAUGCAGUAAUUUUGCAGCACUUGUAUCAAUAUUGAAUAACAGCCUUCUACAUUUAAAUUUGUACCUUCACAGUUUUUAUAUGCACACAAGUAUAACAUUCAUGUUUAUCUACAAAACAAUGAAAAGAAGUGGAUGCGCUGUCACUGCAAAGCAUUUUUUCCUAGGCAAUGGCAGAAUAUAGCUUAUACUUGAACCCUGUCUGUGAAUAUGCUGUGAUUUGGUAGACCAUUUGUACAGGACAGCAACAUCAUAUGGAAGAGCAUUGGAAUUUUCAUACUAAAAUGCUGCAAAUAUAGUCAGCUUGAAUUUUUUUUAAGCAUAUCUAAGUGAGCGGCAGCAGCAGGAAAGAUCUCAAUUGCCCUAACCAGAGGGUACAGAAUUGUGAAGUGCGCAUCACAAAAUAUAUCCAUGAAUGCUUGUUUCCGGCUCUGGGGCAAUGAGCAGAUGCAAUCAUGCACAGGUUUGCACCCUACCCAAAUUUGCGAGCUUUCACAGUGCAUCUUGAUCCAUUUACAGUGUAGACCGCUUAUAACGAAAGUCUGCGGAGUCGUCAAUAUCUGCACUUUAAGCGGUACCGCACUAUAACCAAAACGACGAUUUUCAAGCCCUGCAUGUAUGCAAAGCAUGUAGAACAAGCAGCCGCUCGUAUCCGAGAAUCGAAGCAUGCGACUGGGAGUUUGGCAUCGGUUUAAAUUUACGAACGUUGAAAGGUUAAUGUCCAAGUACCCACGAUGUUCGCAUGAAGCAGACAAAGUAAUUUA